CGCCAAAUUAGUAGUACAAUACAACAAGUGCAAAACCCCAUCCUAUUCUCAAAACGACAAUGCGUCAGCUUUUGACGCUACUCCGCCGUGUUGGAAAUCAUCCGGCGACGAUUCUCGUCAGGCGAGCUCACUACAAGGCUCCCAAGGCGGCGAAUCCACCGACGCCACCGAAGCCACCACAGAAGCCCCAAAGCUUCAGCUUCCAUGAUCAGACAUGGGAGGACCCUUACAGUUGGAUGUCAAGCUUGAACGACAAAGUAGCAAUGCGUCACAUGGAUAUCUACAUGGAACAGGAGGAGAAGUACGCGGAGGCCGUCAUGAUUGAUACCGAAAGACUUCAGAGCAAGCUCCAGUCGGAGAUGGCUUCUCGAUUGGCUUUCGACCUAUCUACGCCUCCUCUCCGUUGGGGACCAUGGUUGUACUAUCGUCGCGCCGAAGAGGGAAAGCAAUAUCCGGUGCUAUGUCGAAGAUUGGCGAGCUUGAACGAAGAGUUCGUUUCGCAUAAAUCUCCUUCUGCUGGAUUUGAUUUCACUACAGGGAGGAGAAUUGAGCAGAAAUUGCUUGAUUACAAUCAAGAAGCUGAGAGAUUUGGAGGUUAUGCUUAUGAAGAAUUAUCUGAAGUGUCUCCGGAUCAUCGGUUUCUUGCAUACACCAUGUAUGAUAAAGACAAUGACUUUUAUAGAUUAUCUUUAAGGAAUUUGAAUUCUGGUGCAUUAUGUAGUAAGCCUCAAGUUGAUCGCGUUUCGGGUUUGGCAUGGGCCAAAGAUGGCCAGGCAUUGCUUUAUGUUGUUACAGAUCAGAAGAAACGGCCUUGCAGAUUAUACUGCAGCAUAAUUGGAUCAACUGAUGAGGAUGUUUUGCUUCUUGAAGAAUUGGAUGAUAGUACCUACGUUAACAUCAGACACACGAAAGAUUUCCGCUUUGUAGCUGUAAAUAUUUUCACUCCUACAUCUUCAAAGGUCUUUCUGAUAAAUGCAGCUGAUCCCUUGACUGGCUUGACUUUAGUAUGGGAAUGUGAAGGUCUAGCUCAUUGCAUACUUGAGCAUCAUCAAGGAUUGCUUUUUCUAUUUACUGAUGCUCCCAAAGCAGGCCAGCCAGUUGAAUGUCAUUAUCUUCUUCGCAGUCCAGCUGAUGCUUCUACCUGUCUAAGGAUAUGGGAGGAUGUAUUCAUCAAUGACUCGGAUUUGGUUGUGGAGGAUGUGGACUUUUGCAAUACAAACUUGGUAAUGAUUUUAAGGGAAGAUCGAAACUUCAGACUUUGUUCAGUUCCUCUACCUUUGCCUGCUGGUAAGGGACCAGUUUCUCUGAAAGAGCUUCAUCCAAAUUACCUGCCUCUUCCGAAAUAUGUAUCUCAAAUUUCACCUGGACCGAACUAUGACUACUACUCAUCAACCAUGAGAUUUACAAUAUCAUCACCUGUGAUGCCUGAUGCCGUUGUUGAUUAUGACCUAUCAAAUGGGAAAUGGAAUAUUGUUCAACAACAAAAUAUUCUUCAUGAUAGAACAAAAGUUCUAUACGGAACAUCUUCUUUGCCAAGCAUUCCAGAACAAACCUCAAAGACUAUAACUUUUGGCUCUGCGAAUGAAAUGAAUUUAAAUAAUAGUAACUUGUGGAAUGAUCUGUCUGAGUUCUAUGCAUGUGAGUGUCAUCAUGUCUCCUCCUAUGAUGGAGUUGAGGUUCCAUUGACCAUUGUAUACUCAAGCAAAGUUAAGAGACAAGAUAAAAACCCUGGCUUGCUUCAUGGGCAUGGAGCUUAUGGGGAGAUACUUGAUAAACGGUGGCGGAGUGAAUCGAAAAGCCUUCUUGAUCGUGGUUGGAUUAUCGCAUAUGCUGAUGUUAGAGGUGGAGGAGGUCGGGGUAAGAAGUGGCAUCAUGAUGGUAGAGGUACAAAGAAGAAUAAUGCCAUAAAAGAUUAUAUCUCUUGUGCUAAAUUCCUUAUUGAAAGAGAGAUUGUCUCCGAAAACAAGCUUGCUGGUUGUGGUUACAGCGCAGGUGGACUUUUAGUUGCUUCAGCCAUUAAUGUUUGCCCUGAUUUAUUUCGUGCGGCAGUUUUAAAGGUUCCAUUCCUAGAUGCAACCAACACUCUUCUUUACCCCAUUUUACCCGUUACAGCAACUGAAUAUGAAGAGUUUGGAUACCCUUGGAAUAUUGAUGAUUUUCAUGCUAUACGCAAAUAUUCUCCAUAUGACAACAUUCAGGAGGAUGCUUCAUAUCCUGCUGUCAUGAUAUCCUCUUCUUUCAAUACCAGAUUUGGGGUAUGGGAAGCUGCAAAAUGGGUUGCUAGAGUUCGCGAACGCACAAUUUACGACCCAAAACGACCAAUAUUGCUUAACCUGUCAACAGACAUAGUGGAAGAAAACCGGUACCUUCAGUGCAAGGAGUCAGCAUUAGAGGCUGCUUUCCUUAUAAAGAUGAUGGAAUCGUAGAUGUCAUUAUAAUAUCAAAUUUAUCCAAAACACCUGUUGAUCUCAGCAAGUUAAGAGAAACAAGCUAAGAGGAGAUAUCAUUGCAACAGUCAACUUAAUCAAUGGAUAAUGGAGAUAACUGGAUGAAGACAAGAAUAACUUUCAGCUGUUAACGCAUAAUAUGCACAAACAUCCCAUUUUCAACUAUGAUUGUGGGCUGAUUUUAGUUAUUGAGACACCAAAGCCUGUUAUCGGUACAUGUCAACAUACCCUUUAUAUAUAAAUAUAUAUGUAUAUAUAUAAAUGGGUCAGCAAUGAGCAAUUUUGGCCUGGAACGUGUCCUUAUCCUCUUAUCUUAUAUUAUUGUAAUGAUGGUUUAUUAAAUUGGAGAAGCAUAUUGUGAAUGAUCUAA